AUGGAGCCCACCAACCCCACCGCCAUCAAGAACUCCUCUCAGCCCUCCAAAAAUCUGACCAGAAACCGAGCAACGACCAUCAUACUCUCCGCUUUUCUCACCGUCACUGCAUUGCUCCUUGCUUCACUUCUCAGUGACGACUCGUCAUUUUCCACAGAUUCAACAAGAGAUAAUCACCCGUUAAUCCCAUCUUCUGCUCCACCUCUACAUCCGAUUAUCAAGAAAUCCUGCACCAACACUCUCCACCCUUCUUUGUGCUUCAUCACUCUCUCUACCAUUCCUGACUCCAAUAAUGCCACUACUUUCCAUCAAAUUCUUGAGAUAGCAAUUAAUCAAACCAUGAAACAAGUUGUGAGUACCCGUCUGGAUAUCUUGAAUAAUCUCCCCAGCCAAGAUUUCGGUUCCCUGGAAAAGAAUGCUCUUGAUGAUUGUGUGGAAAUGUUAGAUCAAACUAUUUAUGAACUUGGACAAGCCAUUGAUGACUUGCGUGCACUCCCUUCUUCCGUUGGUUAUCUCCAUAGGUCAUAUGGCAACACUGAAACCCUACUCAGUGCAGCCAUGACAAAUGAGAACACAUGCAUCGACGGAUUCUCCGACUUGGAAGAAUCCGAUUCAAAGGGUCUAAAGGGUGUUAAAGAACCCCUCCAGAACUUGCUGACCCCUAUAUCUCACAGGAUCAGCAAUUGCUUGGCUAUGAUCAAGUAUAUGGACACCAUACACCGUGAAGAAACCCUCAACAAUCCACGGAUAUUGAUGAACAAAUUGCCUGAUGACCGGUUCUUGGCUUGGAUGACGAGUAAUGAUCGGAGGAUGAUGGAAACAGAACCCAGGAUGAGGCCAAAUCUAACCGUUGCCAGAGAUGGCAGUGGUAACUACACAAUGAUCAACGAGGCAGUUAAGAUGGCGCCAAACAUGAGCUUGACAAGAUAUGUGAUUCAAAUAAAGGCAGGAAUUUACCAUGAGAAUGUGGUGAUACCUCGAGAGAAGGUUAACAUAAUGUUGGUUGGAGAUGGGACGAACUCAACAGUGAUCACGGGUUUCAAGAAUUUCGUUGACGGGUUUUCCACCUUCACUUCAGCCACCUUAACUGUGGUUGGAGACAAAUUCUUAGCAAGGGACUUGUCAAUCUUCAACACAGCAGGCCCUCAGAAGCACCAGGCAGUUGCCCUCAGGGUUACUUCCAAUGCUGCCUUCUAUCGAUGUCAGAUAAUUUCCCAUCAAGACACCCUUUAUGCUCAUUCUCUACGCCAAUUCUAUCGUGAAUGUGAAAUCCAAGGUACAAUUGACUUCAUUUUUGGAAAUGCAGCCGCAAUUUUCCAAAACUGUUUCAUACUUGUUCGCAAACCAAACCCUGGUCAGAAAAAUAUGAUCACUGCUCAAGGGCGAGAAGACCCAAAUCAGAACACUGGUAUAUCAUUACAGAACUGCACCAUAAUCGCUGCACCAGACUUUGAUGAGGCUGAUAGGAUAAACUUCUCAACCUUUUUGGGUAGGCCAUGGAGGAAUUAUUCAAGGACUAUAAUCAUGAAUAGUUAUCUUGGGGACUUGAUACACCCACAGGGUUGGUACAAGUGGAAUAAUUAUAGCAGUUUGGAUACCGUAGAGUACAUCGAGUACAUGAAUUCUGGACCUGGCUCAGACACGAGACAAAGGGUUACGUGGGCAGGUUAUAGAAAGAACUGUACUGAGGAAAUAGCAAGGCAGUUCACAGUGGGCACGUUCCUUCAUGGAGCAGAUGACUGGUUAGACUCCACAGUUUUUCCCCUCUUCGGUGGUCCUCAACAAGAAGCCAGACAUAUUCAGUGA